AUGGAAGGUGAGGUGUACCGAGUGGCCGACGCCUCACACUCACCAGCGAGAAACAUGGAUCUCAGAGACGAGAGACAACAAUGUCGCACCGCCACUCCCGUUUUGAGUGGCUUGUAA